AUGAUGAGAUUGGGAGAUCGAGAGCUGGACGAACGACUCGUUACAAUCAUUUAUUCCAUGGUUAUUUUCAACGGGAUACCACUUCUGCUGUUCAUUUUAUACAUUAUCUUGUCAAGCACAGUCAUUUUCGCCAGCGCCCUACUUGUACAAUUGGUUACAUUUUUGUUUGGAUUAGCCAUAUUUGCACCAGUUGCUCUGUUCACUUCAAUGGGCGCUCUUACAGCGAGCUUUACUAUAAUUGGCGUGAAGCGAUUCCUCCUGAAUGGUUCGAAUUUACCUGCGCAUUCUAAGCAGUACCAGCAGCAACAGCUAAAAGUUGAUUAG